CGACCUUCCUGUUACAAGUGCCUGCAGCAACGUUGCGUCCGCAGUAAGACCAUGGUUCGAGCAAAAAAGACGUUUGCAUUUGUAACUGUCUCAUCCACUCUCAUCAUCCACACUGUCCCGACGGCUCGGACAACGCGGAGAGGGCGGAGCGGCGAGGAGGCGCCGAGCCCUGUGACGCUGCCGUGGGGACUAUUGGCUGCGUAUAGUAU